CGAAUAUAACUAGAUUCAAAUUUCUAAUUGAUUAUUUCAAAAGUCAGUCUCCUCAUCAUACAUAGAUCCAUGUAAACAUGAGUGCGUAUCCUCAAAAGAUAUAGUUGUAUCUUAAUGUUGAUAUUCAGAUAAAAAACAUAGCAAAGGUUAUAAUUAGGUGAAAAAAUGCGCUGAUUUACGUUUUCUAUAUAAACUGCGAGUAGAGUAUUGCCGAGUCAUUACCGUUUCAUCAUCUAAAAUGAUAAGAUCAUAUGUUAUAGUUUUUGCUCUUGUUUUAAUUUUUACGGAACAUGACGCGGCGAGAAUUUUGGCAUUAUUCCCAACUCCGUCGAUCAGCCAUCAAGUUGUAUUCAGACCUCUGACACAGGAGCUAGCUCGACGCGGCCAUGAAGUUACUGUACUCACAACAGAUCCAGUGUUUACGAAAGAAAAUUCUCCUGCAAACUUCACUGAAAUAGACCUUCAUGAUAUCUCUUAUAAAGUCUGGAGGGAGAAAAUAAUGAAACAUGGAUCAGUUUUCGGUGAAAAGAAUGGUUUAUACAAACAAAUGAAAGUUUUAGGAACCUUAAUUGGAAACGUUGCAGAAAUACAAUUGAAAACUCAUGAAGUCCAGCAGAUACUUAAGAAGGACAAAGAUGCAUAUGACUUGCUAAUAAUUGAAGAAUGUGUGGAACCAUUUUUAGUGUUUUCUCAUUUAUUCAAAGUGCCAGUGAUUUCUAUUAGUUCUUUGGGUAUGAUGUUAAAUGGUGAUGAAAUUUUUGGAACACCAGGACACGUUUUCUUUUAUCCAUCAAUGUUACACCAAAGAGUAUACAAUUUAUCCUUCUGGGAAAAACUCGAAGAAUUGUAUAAAAGUUAUAAGUUGACGAACGAUUGGAAUACCAUACAAUCUGAGGCAUUAAACACAGUUAAAAAUAUCCUGGGAUAUAAAGUGCCUCCUUACAGUGAACUGUAUAAAAAUAUUGAUAUGUUGUUUGUGAAUAUACAUCCACUAUGGACUAAUAAUCGACCGUUGCCUCCCAAUAUCAUAUCUAUUUGGGGUAUUCAUAAGAAACCAGAAAAGGCACUUCCACAGGACCUUCAAUCAUAUUUAGAUUCAUCAAAGAACGGAGUAAUAUAUUUAAGUUUCGGAAGUAAUGUUCCCUCCUCGUUGUUACCGGCAGAAACAAUUCAACUAUUUAUUAACGUAUUUUCAAAAUUACCUUACGAUGUGUUGUGGAAAUGGGAAAAAGAUGAAUUGCCUGGAAAAUCGGACAACAUUCGAAUAUCUAAAUGGUUGCCACAAUCAGAUUUACUGAGACAUCCCAAGAUAAAAUUGUUUAUAACACAAGGAGGUCUGCAAUCUACGGAUGAAGCUAUAAACGCGGGAGUACCCCUCGUUGGUAUACCAAUGCUUGGGGACCAAUGGUACAAUGUAGAUUAUUACAUGUACCAUAGAAUUGGCGUUAGACUAGAUUUCCAUGAAAUAUCUGAGGAUGCCUUUGAUAAAGCAAUCAAAACUGUCAUUAAUGAUAGAAGCUACCGUGAAAAUAUUUUGCGGCUGCGUUCGAUCAUGAAAGACCAGCCGGAGAGCGCUCUUGAACGCGCCGUGUGGUGGACGGAGUACGUGCUGCGGCACGGAGGGGCGAAGCACCUGCGGGCCGCAGGCGCUAACAAAACCUGGUCUGAAUACUAUGACAUCGAAUUUAUAUUAAAAUUAGCCUUACUUGUUAUAUCUAUUGUAGCCGUGUCUGUUUAUGUUUUGUAUUUCUUACUAAGUCUUGUACCAAAAACGAAGAAUACAGUCGCAAUGGUCAGAUUGCCAAUAAUCAUCUUGCUCACAUCUCUGUGUGUUGGAGUAUACACAGCACGAAUAUUGGCCAUAUUACCGACGCCAUCUGUUAGUCACCAUGUGUUUUAUAAUCCUCUAUUAAUUGAACUGGUUCGUCGUGGACACCAAGUCACAGUUGUAACAACGGAUCCUGCAUUUACAGACGAAUCUCGUCCACAAAACCUAACGGAAAUCAACGUCCACGAUAUAUCAUACAAAAUAUGGAGGGAGGGCUUGGUAAACAAUUUUAAAUUCGGAAGAGUCCAAGGUCUACACGAUAUGCUUUCAACAGCAGUAAAUCUCAUUAUGGAAAUUACUGUGGCUCAUUUGAAAAUGCCGGAGGUUCAGCGCUUGAUAGCUAGGCCUGACGAAUUUGACUUAAUGUUCGUUGAGGCUUGGGUCCAACAAUCGUUGAUAUUCUCACAUAUUUUCAAAGUGCCUGUGAUCCAAAUAAGUUCGUUUGGAUUUUCGCUUGGUAACAAAGAGAUCAUUGGAGUACCUAACCAUCCAUUCAUAUAUCCAAAUAUGUUCUCUCAACAAAAAAUCAACAAUAGCACCUUUUGGGAGAAGGUAGAUGAAUUAAGAAAAUACUGGAACUUUAACAAAUUUUGGAAUUCAAUACAAGAUGAUGAAAUUCGAAGGUUCCGUGAGAUUUUGGGGCCAAGCUUACCUGAUUAUAGUGUUUUGAGGAACAAUGUUGAUAUGUUUUUUUUGAAUCAUCAUGCAAUGUGGAUGGACAAUGUGCCUUUACCUCCAAAUUGUAUAUCCAUUUGGGGUGCCUAUAAGAAACCCGUGAAACCUCUCCCUCAAGAAUUAAAAACAUAUUUGGAUUCUUCAACGAAUGGUGUUAUUUAUUUGAGUUUUGGUACAAAUGCUCCAUCAUCUACUUUACCACGAGAGUUUAUACAGAUGAUGAUUAAUGUUUUUUCAAAACUGCCUUACAAUGUUAUUUGGAAAUGGGAAAAGGACGAAUUACCGGGAAAAUCAGAAAAUAUACGAAUUUCUAAAUGGUUCCCACAAUCCGACUUAUUAAGACAUCCAAACAUAAAACUCUUCAUAACACAAGGAGGUCUACAAUCAACGGAAGAAGCUAUCAAUGCUGGAGUACCUCUUAUUGGUAUACCGAUGCUUGGAGACCAAUGGUACAAUGUAGGGAAAUAUGUGCAUCACCAAAUUGGUAUUAAACUUGACAUGGAAACGCUUACAGAAGAACAAUUUAAAUCAGCCAUUGAAACAGUUAUAAAUAAUGACAGUUAUCGACGAAAUGUAGUAAAACUACGAGAAAUUAUGAGUGAUAACCCCCAACCGGCCUUGGAUCGCGCCGUGUGGUGGACGGAGUACGUGCUGCGGCACGGAGGGGCGAAGCACCUGCGGGCCACCGCCGCCAACAUGCCCUGGACUCAGUAUUAUGAGAUUGAAUUUGUAGUUAAAUUGGGUUCAAUAAUACUCCUUUUUGCAGCUGUGGUUUUAGUUAUUGUAUACUUACUGUUAAAAAAAUGUUUAUCUAAAACAAAAGUUAAAGUUAUCGCGAUGGUCAGACUACAAAUAAUCAUCUUGCUCACAUCUCUGUGUGUUGGAGUAUACACAGCACGAAUAUUGGCCAUAUUACCGACGCCAUCUGUUAGUCACCAGGUGUUUUUCCAUCCUCUAUUAAUUGAACUGGUUCGUCGUGGACACCAAGUCACAGCUUUAACAACGGACCCUGCAUUUACAGACGAAUCUCGUCCAGAAAACCUAACAGAAAUCAACGCCCACGAUAUAUCAUACAAAAUAUGGAGGGAGGGCUUUGUAAACACUUUCAAAUUCGGAAGAGUCGAAGGCCUAUACGAUUUGUUUUCAACAAUGGUAAAUCUGAUGGCGGAUAUUACUGUGGAACAUUUGAAAAUGCCAGAGGUUCAGCGCUUGAUAGCUAGUCCUAAUGAAUUUGACUUAUUGUUCCUUGAAGCUUGGGUCCAACACCCGUUGAUAUUCUCACAUAUUUUCAAAGUACCUGUGAUUCAAAUCAGUUCGUUUGGAUUUGCGCUUGGUAACAAAGAGACCAUGGGAGUACCUAACCAUCCAUUCAUGUAUCCAUAUCUUUUCACUCAGCAAAAAAUCAACAAUAGCACCUUUUGGGAGAAGGUAGAUGAAUUAAGAAAAUACUGGAAAAUGAACAAAUAUUGGAAUUCAAUAGAAGACGAUGAAAUUCGAAGGUUCCGUGAGAUUUUGGGGCCAAGCUUACCUGAUUAUAGUGUUUUGAGGAACAAUGUUGAUAUGUUUUUUUUGAAUCAUCAUGAAAUGUGGAUGGACAAUGUGCCUUUACCUCCAAAUUGUAUAUCCAUUUGGGGUGCCUAUAAGAAACCCGUGAAACCUCUACCUCAAGAAUUAAAAAGCUAUUUGGAUUCUGCAACGAAUGGUGUAAUUUAUUUGAGUUUUGGUACAAAUGCUCCAUCAUCUAAUUUACCACCAGCAUUUAUACAGAGGAUGAUUAAUGUUUUUUCAAAACUGCCUUACAAUGUUCUUUGGAAAUGGGAAAAGGACGAAUUACCGGGAAAAUCAGAAAAUAUACGAAUUUCUAAAUGGUUCCCACAAUCAGACUUAUUAAGACAUCCAAACAUAAAACUCUUCAUAACACAAGGAGGUCUACAAUCAACGGAAGAAGCUAUCAAUGCUGGAGUACCUUUUAUUGGUAUACCGAUGCUUGGAGACCAAUGGUACAAUGUAGGGAAAUAUGUGCAUCACCAAAUUGGUAUUAAACUUGAUAUGGAAACGGUUACAGAAGAACAAUUCAAAACAGCCAUUGAAACAGUUAUAAAUAAUGACAGUUAUCGACGAAAUGUAUUAAAACUACGAGAACUUAUGAGUGAUAAACCCCAACCUGCCCUGGAGAGCGCCGUGUGGUGGACGGAGUACGUGCUGCGACACGGAGGGGCGAAGCACCUGCGGGCCACCGCCGCCAACAUGCCCUGGACUCAGUACUAUGAGAUUGAAUUUAUAAUCACAUUGAGUUCAAUAAUACUUCUUUUAACAUCUGUGUUAAUAGCUGCGUCUUACAUACUUUUGAAAAAAUUUAUGCCCAGCGUUAAAAUUAAAGUACAUUAAUUUUAAGAAAUUUAAUGUUAAUUAAGGUAAAAUAAAUAAUACUUAUUGUGUACAAUAAGUCUUAUUUUAAGUAUGUAUAAUAUAAUUAGAAUUAAAUCAAAUACAAACUCUAAGAUUUUUAAUAUAACUUUCAGAUCAUCACAUACGCUCAACUUAUCCAUACUAAUCUAUAAUAUAAAAAUGAAUCGCAAAAUGUGUCGGUAAGCGCAUAACUCGAGAACGGCUGAACCGAUUUCGAUAAU